GGCGCCGGGGCGGGGUCGCGCAUGCGCAGUGCAGCUUCCCGCCUCCUCGUCCUCCUCCUCCUCCCGGGCAGGCGGCGGCGGCGGCAGCUGCGGGGCCGCGCGGAGCCGUCUCCUCCUGCUUGCCAGGGCCGCCCAGGCCGGACUCCUAGGCCGGAUAUGGCUCGUGGACAGCAGAAGAUUCAGUCGCAGCAGAAAAAUGCCAAAAAGCAAGCUGAGCAAAAAAAGAAACAAGGACAUGAUCAGAAGGCCGCAGCCAAGGCUGCGUUGAUAUAUACCUGCACUGUCUGUAGGACACAAAUGCCGGAUCCCAAGACCUUCAAACAGCACUUUGAAAGCAAGCAUCCUAAGACUCCACUUCCUCCAGAAUUGGCUGAUGUUCAGGCGUAAAGUUGUCUACAGGUGAAAUCAUGGCACCUAUUGACUCUUCUACUGUCAGACCUUACAUAACAAACCUGCAGCUGCUUUUCUAAAACUGUUGAUCAGCAAAAAUGAAGGGGCUACAGAAACAUUCAUAUUUUUAUGCUGUUCCCUCUUGGGCUUCAUGCAAAGACAAUUCUGUGUAAAUGUACAGUGUGCCCUAUUUGAAAAUCCUGAAAAAUCAGUCCAUACUUGUUAUAAAAAAUUUUUUACAAUUGUAAUUAUAUUGAUGUUCAUAUUGUGUAAAAUAACUCAUUUAAUAAAGUAGUACUUUGAUUUUACAAUA